AGGUGUGCGUAGUUCGAACGUUAACGGGCGCUUUGAGCAACCUAGCAGCUAAGUCUCGAUCAUCUGCUGUGCAUUAGCCCGGUGAGCCAUGGUUCGUGAGCGUGUGGUCCAGAAGAAGUCAUUCCAGCAAAGUCUGGAUGACAUCAAGGAGAAGAUGAAGGAAAAACGGAACAAGCGGCUGGCGAACGCGUCCGCUGCGAGCCGAGGCCUUUCAAAGCUUAAGAAUGCGGGUAUCCGAAGAUCCACAGUGAAGCCUUUUGUGCUGAAGAACGUGCAGGUGAAUAACAAAGCCCUGGCACUGGCUCUGCAGGCGGAGAGGGAGAAGGUACGGCAAGCUCAGGGGGUCAUUUUGCAGCUGAAGAGAGAAAGACAGGCGCUCAUUUUUCAUCUGUUGAUGUUGAAAAGGGUUCUGAGUGAAGGUGGUGUGGAGAAGAAAGUACAGACGACUUCUCCAGGGGAGCCAAAGUUAAAUCAUCUGGAGUCACCAAACACCAGGCCGGAGUCACAAGCUGAAGCUGUUGCUCAAGAAGAGAAUCUUCACCCCCGCGAGCCAAAUGCUGAUGCAGCUCCUAGAGGACACAGCGGUACUCAGGUGUCUUUGCCACCCACUGUAGGAACGAGGCGUCGGCGAGACGGAAAGAGGCGUUCUGAACGCAGACGGAGCUCGCUGUUCGACCCGGCCCCCGUGGACGCCUGUGUGGCAGAGGAGACGGAACCCCAAAACUCUGACACGCCCGCGUUUCCUGAGCGGGGAACUGAACUCGCCAAACAUGAAGUAAAAAAUUCCGCAGAUCAGAGAGAUUCCGCUGAUCAUUCCAAGCCUGCGCCGGAUGCCGAGAUUUCGGAUAAUGCAGCCACGAAGCAUUCGACUCCUGAGCCGCCGCAGCGCACCGUCUCCAGGCAGAACAAGAGAAAAGCCGCCCAGCCUGCUGCAUCAGCCAAGCCGGAGAGAGUCCGCAAAGCCGAGCGCCCGCCACUGAAGAAACCCUGGGAGAAACCUCGGUCCCGCUCUAAAAGCCGGGCGGCGGCUGCUGCGGCCGCUCCCUCCGAGCGCCUCAACUCCUCACUCGGUGGCAACGACACGUUUGACUUUGACUGUGAAGAAGCCGUCCACGUCACGCCUUUCCGCGCCGGGAACAAAGCCCCCGAGUCCUCGUCCACGCCACCUCCCAUCGCUCUGCCCUCUCCUGUCGCUCUGCCCUCUCCUGCCACCGAUGAGUUGAAAUCCAGCUCCUCUGAAGCAGAGCAAGAAGAGGACGACAGCCCGUACGUCCCAGAGAGGAAGGUCAGACGGGCUCGUAGCCCUCCAGCACGGCGGGUCCGCUCCAAGAGGAGGUCCGCUCAGAGAAAAGGGAAGGAAAACGCAGCACCAAGGAAGACCCGAACUGUUCCAGAGGUUACAGAAAACAGCAAAAGAGCCUCGGAGAUCGUACACCCCGCUGAUGCCGAACUGCAUCUCCCUCAGUCCCCUGUGCAAGACCUGCAGCUUCCAGAGUCUCCAAUAUGCCUGUCAGCUGAAGUUUGCAACCAGUCAACUCCAUUCCAAGAGAACUGUGAAGCUGGUGCAUCUGGAAUGGAGACGGAAUCUCCGCCGGCCGUCAGUCCUGUUACAAACGCUGAGCUCAUCAUGAUGAGCAGUCCUUUGUUCAAACUGACGUCAUCGGAACAGGAGAAUGACAUGCCGAUGGUGAUGGACAAUGCUAGAGGAAGAAAAGGUGGGCUGGUUGUUCGGUCCUGUCUGGGCUUGGCUUUGAGUGACGUGACAAAUCUUUCCCCCGCAGCCUAUCAGAUGCCCCUGUCCGGCACAGAGUCCACCCCCGGUCUCGCCCGCAGGCGACGCUGCACCAACGCCGUCAACUACAAGGAGCCGUCCAUCAGCACGAAGCUGCGUCGUGGAGAUAAGUUCACAGACACGAAAUUCCUGCGCUCACCGAUUUUCAAGCAGAAGUCUCGUCGCUCCUCCAUCAAAUCGAUGGAGAAGUACAACGAGUCCUUUGUGGGAUGUCGCUGAAUAUUUUUAUGUUAGUGUUUGAAUUUUGUGUUUGAAGUAUAGUUCAGAAACCAUAAAAUUAAUUUUAAUAUUGUAAAUAAUUGAUUGUAUUGUUUAUUUUAAAGGCUAACCAUGUGUAAUAAAGCUUCUUGUUUUUAAAUCUU